AUGACCAUCACCAUCAUCUCUCUGCUCCUGCUGGUUUCUCUGGUGCCAAACCUGACCUUCACUGCUCAUGUGAGUAUAGUAGACGGCCAGGAGGCAAAACCUCACUCCAGACCUUAUAUGGUUUCUGUUCAACUGUUCGGUCAAAAUAUCUGUGCUGGAUUCCUCAUUUCGGACCGGUUUGUCUUGACUGCUGCACAGUGCUGGCACCACAAUCGAAAGACUUUGACGGUUGUGGUUGGUGCCCAUGAUUUGAGAAAAUGUCAACAUUCCAAGCAGUUUAGAGUGAAGUGCCACAUUACGCAUCCAGACUUUAAUUCUAAAACUUUUGAGAAUGACAUCAUGCUUUUAAAGCUAGAGAGAAAAGUCCCACUGAACAACAAGAUAAGACCAAUAUCAUUACCAAAGUAUGGAGAACGUUUUAAAGCAGAUACUCUCUGUAGUGUUGCUGGUUGGGGAAGACUGUGGACUGAUGGUCCAGUGAGUGACCGUCUAUUGGAGGCAAAGACAGCUAUAGUGAAUGAUGCAGAGUGUAAACUCAGAUGGGGAUAUCAUUAUGUGCCCUCAAUGAUGAUCUGUGCUUAUGGUCAUGGUGGAUCCUGCAAUGGUGACGGAGGAGGUCCUUUGGUUUGUGGAAACACUGCUGUUGGAGUCGCAGUUUUCAGAGACCGUUAUCUCUGUAAUUCACGUUUGCUACCUAAUGUGUAUACUAAGAUUUCAGCAUAUGUUCCAUGGAUCCGCAGCAUAAUUGGAAAUGUCUAGCGACUUCGUGAAAAUAAAAACGCAUGAAAUGUUUUUCCUGAAUUCUUCCGGAAAUUCUUCAAUAAAAGUAUCAUAU